UGAAGAAGAAGAAGACUCUUCAAAUGCUCGCGCGAACUCGCUUCUGUAGAAAACCAUAGAAUCAUUUUAUCUUCCUCAGUCUCAUUCCCUUUCUGACGAACUUAUUCGAAGAAGAAGAUGGCGAGCAAGCUCAAAGUCGAUGAACUCCGUUCAAAACUCGCCGAGCGUGGACUCAGUACUACCGGAGUCAAAGCCAUUCUGGUAGAGAGGCUUGAAGAGGCUAUCGCAGAAGACACUAAGAAGGAAGAAUCGAAGAACAAGGGGAAAAGGAACCGAGAUUCUUCGGAUGAUACUGAUGAAUCGAACAAAUUGAUUGCGAUUGGCGAAUUUCGUGGGAUGAUUGUGAAGGAGUUGCGAGAGGAAGCUAUUAAGAGAGGCUUAGAUACAACAGGAACCAAAAAACAACUUCUUGAGAGACUCUGCAAUGACGUUAAUAACGACUCCAAAGCACCAAUCAAAUCGGGGACAGAGGAAGCUGAAGAUGACAAAAAUGGGUUUGAUGAAGAAAAUAAAGAAGAGAAAAUUGUAACAGCGACAAAGAAGGGUGCAGCUGUAUUGGAUCAAUGGAUUCCUGAUCAGAUAAAGAGCCAGUACCAUGUUCUACAAAGAGGUGAUGAUGUUUAUGAUGCCAUCUUAAAUCAGACAAAUGUCAGGGAUAACAAUAACAAAUUCUUUGCCCUACAAGUUCUAGAGUCGGAUACUAAAAAGACAUACAUGGCUUACACUAGAUGGGGAAGAGUUGGUGUGAAAGGACAAAGUAAGUUAGAUGGGCCUUUUGACUCAUGCGAUCGUGCAAUAGAAAUAUUUACCAAUAAGUUCUGUGACAAGACAAAGAAUUAUUGGUCUGAUAGAAAGGAAUUUAUUUCUCAUCCCAAGUCCUAUACAUGGCUUGAAAUGGAUUACGGAAAAGAGAAUGAUUCAUCGGUCAAUGAUAUUCCCAAUUCAUCUUCCGAAGUUAAACCUGAAAAUUCAAAACUAGAUAGUCGGGUUGCCAAGUUCAUUUCUCUUAUAUGUAAUGUCAGCAUGAUGGCACAGCACAUGAUGGAAAUAGGAUAUAACGCUAACAAAUUGCCACUUGGUAAGAUAAGCAAGUCCACAAUUUCAAAGGGUUAUGAAGUGUUGAAGAGAAUAUCAGAGGUGAUUGAGCGGUUUGAUAGACAGAGGCUUGAGGAACUGAGUGGAGAGUUCUAUACUGUGAUACCACAUGAUUUUGGUUUUAAGAAAAUGAGUCAGUUUGUUAUCGACACUCCUCAAAAGUUGAAACAGAAAAUAGAAAUGGUUGAAGCAUUAGGUGAAAUUGAACUUGCUACAAAGUUGUUGUCGGUCGACCCAGGAUUGAAGGAUGAUCCUUUAUAUUAUCACUACCAGCAACUUAAUUGUGGUUUGACGCCAGUAGGAGCCGAUUCAGAAGAGUUCUCUAUGGUUGCCAGCUACAUGGAGAACACUCAUGCAAAAACGCAUUCGGGAUACACAGUUGAGAUUGCUCAACUAUUUAGAGCUUCAAGAGGUGUUGAAGCUGAAAGAUUCCAACAGUUUUCAAAUUCGAAGAACAGGAUGCUACUCUGGCAUGGGUCACGUCUCACUAACUGGGCCGGGAUUUUAUCUCAAGGUCUCCGGAUAGCUCCUCCUGAAGCGCCUGUAACUGGUUACAUGUUUGGUAAAGGGGUUUACUUUGCUGAUAUGUUCUCCAAGAGCGCGAACUAUUGCUAUGCUAACCACGGUGCUAAUGAUGGCGUUCUACUCCUCUGUGAGGUUGCUUUGGGAGACAUGAAUGAACUCCUAUAUUCAGAUUAUAACGCGGAUAAUUUACCCCCGGGGAAGCUAAGCACAAAAGGUGUGGGGAAAACAGCACCAAACCCAUCCGAGUCUCAAACACUAGAAGACGGUGUUGUUGUUCCACUUGGCAAACCAGUGGAACGUUCAUGCCCCAAGGGGAUGUUGUUGUACAACGAAUAUAUAGUGUACAAUGUGGAACAAAUCAAGAUGCGUUAUGUGAUCCAAGUCAAAUUCAACUACAAGCGCUAACACUUGUGUAUAUUUUUUGGACAUCAACAACUAAUUACCAAAAUCCCAACAAUUGUUAUUUCUUACAAAUAUUCGAGUAGCUUUUAUAAUUGGCUUGGGAUUUUUACCCAAUGAUUUAUUUA